AUGCUGUUCCCGCGGAAUCUCCGCGAAUUUGUCUCAAAUUCGGAAAGGCUUUAUCCAGAGUACCGGUUUAUGCGGCGUGAGAUGUUGCCGUCCAUUCCGAACGUGGUGGGCCUGAUUCGAUGUGGGUGCUUGUGGUUGAAGUACUGGACUGUGCACUGGGUCGUUGCAGGUGACCCUCCUGUUUGGCCUGGCUUCCUGACGCUACCCCCUGACCAGUUGUUGCCAGCGCUGAGCCAGCUGGAGCAUACAGAAAGUCGCAAACGCGAAGAGUACUGGAUCUCUUUUCUGCUCCUCGGACCCUUGGCAAUGUGCCUUCUCUGCGAGCUGAUCCGCGUGGUAGCACUGCUCUCAGCGAUGUGCUGCGCCAAAGUCCGAGGCUGGAAAGAUGCUUCACAUGCAUCCUCCGGUGAGUUCAAGCUCCUCCUCCCCGCAAGGAGCACCCCAGAUGCCGAGAGCCAGAUGUCUUCAGCCUUGCAGGCCCCCGAGUUGGAACACCACCGCAUGUGCCGCAUUUGGUGCUGCACCAUUGGCAUCAGCUUUUACCACGUGGCUUGCAUUUCUGUGGUCUGUGUAGCAGUCGCCAACGACUGGAUGACCAUGAGCAGUGGACUUGCAUGGGAGUUGUGGGCGCUGUGGCAACACACGUGCCUGUGGACACUUUUUUGCCAAAACCUGGUGCGGUGCUGCGGAGCAGAGACGGAUGCAUUGCGUGUUUCAACGGCGGAUAAGGUGUUGUUAUACACGAUGCCACUUGUCAGCGAGCUCUUCGAUACCAUGAAGGACUGGACUAUGACGGGAAUUUGCUUGCUUGCGCCUUCGAGCAGAAUGGGCUUUCUGUGGGGUGCCCUCAUCGUUGCAGGCGACCUGUGCUUAACGAUGCUGUGCCCGCAAGAGUGGAAGCCAUGCAAGAUCGACUCAGACCUAAGGAUCUGCCCGCCCUUGUUGCUGAUGAUGGUGGUCGUGGUUGUGUUUGUUUCCCUGGUUGUGUUGCUGAGCUUCGGAUUAUUUGCCGUGGUGUUAGCAGGCGUGGCUGUUGCACUAGUGUUGUUCAUUGGCGCGGCAGUGCAACAAGUAUACCUCGUCUGCAUCGGAGGAAGCAGUGUUCUUGAUGUGCUGGACACCUGCUACACAAACCCCGACUCCUUUCAAGCCUACUUUGUCAAGUGUGGGAUCAUCGUUUUCUUUGUUGCAGGCAUCUUCUGGCUGUGCGAGGAAGCUCUCCUGAACAACUGGCAUGACUCACUGUCCUUUUCGCAAGAAGUUAUGAGCAGCUUUUUCAUCGUUCUGGAAAGAGGGCUCGCAAUCUUCGCUGAUGGCAGCUACUUGUGCGUGGCUUCUACUUACGUGAUCGCCUCCUCGUACGUGAUGGUCUUGCGCGAUCCCGAUGCCGCUGCCGACGUUCGCAAGACCUACUCUGGCAUACUUGCUCUUCCGGCAAAAUCCCUCAACUCUGGUGCUACAAGCUCAAGGCAAAAGCUGGAGAUAAAGAUGUCAAACCUGGUGGCUGACUUUCUCAGCCGCGGACGUUUGCUGAUUUCUUGGGCUGAGGACUGGCCACAAGGCUUUGUCGGGGUAUGGGUCGGGAUUUUGAUCGAGUCCAACUUUGCCUAUGUGUCCGCCGCCUUCAGCCUUGUCAAGGGCCUGCUGAUCCCGUCAGGGCAGACGUGCAUGCUUGCCAUAAAGCGGUCUCAGGCUGAGGAGAGCUGGAACAAGUUCUUUUCCGAUCCGGCGAUGCUUCGCGAGGUAAGUGAGGCCUUGGGAUUAGAGGAUUCGGAGUACGACCAUGUGCCAGAUCGGCUUCCGAACCUCCUCCAACUCCAUGACGAGCGGCUUGCAGCACUGAACAUCCACCGUGAGAGGCGGCUGUACGAGGACAUUUUCAACGAGCAGCGCCAGUGGGCACAGGACGCCGUUGAUGCCAAGCACUACGAGAAGAAGAAGUAUCCGGUGCACAUCUUCAAGCAAGCCGGAGCUUCUUGGAAGGAGUGCCAGGAGGCGGGCUUCGAGUUUCCAGAGCUUGCGAAAGACUUCAUGCAAGAUCUCCUGGAUGACGGCUUUACCAUCAGAGACUUCCAAACAUGGGGUCAGAGCAAAGCAGUUGGCUUUACGGCUAAAGACCUGAGGGAUGCAGGCCUAACGGUUGAGGAAUGCAAACAUGCAGGUUUCACGGCCAAAGAUUGCAUGGAAGCGGGCUUUACGACCCAGGUUCUCAGGGAAACCGGUUUCACGGCCAAAGAGAUGAAAGAAGGAGGCAGUACGAUUCACGAACUCAAGGACUCAGGCUUCACAGCCACAGCGUGCAAAACUGCAGGCUUCACGGCCACAGCAUGCAAAGCUGCAGGCUUCACGGCCAAAGAAUGCAAGCAAGCCGGCUUCUCAGCCCACGAAGCACGCAACGAUGCAGGCUUCACGUUCGAAGAAUGCAAGGAUGCGGGAUUCACAUCCAAGGACUUCAAAGACGCAGGCUUUACGGCCCUGGAGUGCAAGGACGCAGGCUUCACGAUCCAGGAGCUCAAAGAAUCAGGCUUCACAGCUGGAGCGUGCAAGGAUGCAGGCUUUACGGCCCGAGAGUGCAAGAAUGUGGGCUUCACCAUCGGAGACCUCGAAGAAUCAGGCUUCACAGCUGCAGCGUGCAAAGAUGCGGGGUUUACGGCCCGAGAGUGCAAGGACGCGGGCUUCACAUCCAAAAACUGCAAGGAUGCCGGCUAUCCGGCCAUGGCAUGCAAGACUGCGGGCUUUACGGCCAAAGAAUGUAGGGAGGCCGGCUUCGUAGCCAAAGACUGCAAGGAAGCCGGCUUCUCAGCCCUCCAAGCCUACAAUGGAGGCUUUACGACCAAGGAAUGCAGGGAUGCUGGUUUCAAGGCCAAAGAAUUCAAAGAAGCAGGUUUUACGGCCAAAGUUUGCAAGGACGCUGGCUUUGUGGCCAAAGAAUGCAAGGAUGCAGGCUUCGUGGCCAGUGAGUGCAGGGACGCGGGCUUUACCGCCAAGAGCUGCGAAGCAGCGGGUUUUAAAGCCAAAGAGUGCGCCGAUGCAGGCUUUACUGAUGAGGAGAUCACGGCUGCAUAUUUUUCGAUAAGGUAG